UUGUGCAAUUUCUGGGGAAUUCUAAAGGGGAAAGAUGCGAUCUUUUGAUGAUUCAUUAAUCGAAACCAAAUCUGGUGUUGGUGCAGAAAGAGGAGAACAGAAGGAAGAGAAGGUGAUGGAGGGAGUUGCGUCAUUAGCCCUUUUGCCGAGUGGCUCUAUUUCUGGCCAUUUUAUUCAGCUCCCAAAAUCCAUUUGCUAUGGUCUCCAUGGAAUUGAACUGGAGUGUGAAAGAGAGUGCAGCCGGGGUGAGGAUUACCGCUUGAUCAAGCUGACUGUAACAGAUUUUGAUAGUAAGAAAGAAAGAACUCUCGUAGUGGAGUGCAGAGGACAUGAUGCUGCCAAGAUAUGUACCCCGGAUCAUGCUCACGGGUGGCAGAAGGAUGUGGUGGGUAUGGUUGAAGAGAAGCACGCGAAACACAAAAUUACAGUGCAUUUUGAAUGCGAAACGUUGAAAUCUGAUGAAGCGGCUGAGGACCAUCUCAGAAAAUUCAUGCCCAAGUUAAUUGGGAUGGAUGCUGUUGUCAACAUCGGCCGCAUGACCAUAGCAGGAUUGAAUUUUGAAGCAGACGCUGAAUACGAGCGUAGCGAGAAAAAAGCAGUGCCUCCUAAUGUUGCUGUAUGUGCAGAGACAGAAUUGUGAUACUUCUCGUUCUAAGUUAGCCUACUAUUAUGUUUUUCCUUAAUUUAGAAGUGUGAUAGUUCCAUAAUGUUAUGUUGUUUAUUCAAUCUCAUACCGCUCCACAUA